UCCGCGCAAUCCACUCCUCUUCCACCACCCUCCCAUCUUGCACAGUCCGAGAUGAUGCUUAGGGUUUCGCCUUCUCCGGCCGCCGCCAGCCAGCUCGCUGGUGCGGGCCCGACCCCUGUUUCUGCGAGGGUGGCGGCGCCGCGCGGCCGGCAGUCCGCUGGGACGGCGUGCAGGGCGGCGGGGAAGGGGAAGGAGCUGCUCAGCGGGGUCGUCUUCCAGCCCUUCCAGGAGAUCAAGGGGGAGCUCUCUCUCGUGCCCCAGAGCCCCAACCAGUCGCUCGCGCGCCACAAGUUCGUCGACGACUGCGAGGCCGCCAUCAACGAGCAGAUCAAUGUGGAGCUCAAUGCCUCAUAUGCGUACCACUCCCUCUUCGCCUAUUUCGACCGUGAUAAUGUAGCUCUCAAGGGCUUUGCCAAGUUCUUUAAGGAAUCAAGUGAUGAGGAGAGGGGGCAUGCUGAAAAACUCAUGAAGUACCAGAACAAACGUGGUGGGAGGGUGAGGCUCCAAUCAAUUGUGACACCUAUAACAGAGUUUGAUCACCCUGAGAAAGGCGAUGCUUUGUACGCUAUGGAGGUGGCUCUGGCUCUUGAAAAGCUGGUUAAUGAGAAGCUGCACAACCUGCAUAGUGUGGCGACUAGGUGUAAUGAUCCUCAGCUGACUGACUUCAUCGAGAGUGAAUUUCUUCAGGAGCAGGUUGAUGCCAUCAAAAUGAUCUCAGAGUACGUCGCCCAGCUGAGAAGAGUGGGCAAGGGGCAUGGGGUGUGGCACUUUGAUCAAAUGCUGCUUGAGGAAGAGGCCUAAAGGAAGGAGAGACCAUGGAGUAAGGGGACGCUGCUCAAGGAAAGAGGUGUGAAGAGAUCAAAUUGAGGAAUAGCGAGUUGCAUCAGCCAAGCACUGGGUGUCGACUUUUAGCGGGUUUUUUCAAUCGGUUUAGGGUAGUAGUCGUAUGGUAUUUCAUAGAUCACGUGAUGUCCAUCUACUAAGAUAGGAACAUGGGGCACUGAAAGCAGCAGAACACCUGAUGUUAUUGCAUUGUUGUUAGAGACGUUGCUACCCCUCUUGGGAUGGGAUUAUUCGAAAUAAAACAAGGGGCGAUAUAUUCUGGUUUAGAUUCUAA